UAUUAUAUGGUUUUCAUACCAGGGAGAAAGGUCGAUAUCGCUAUGCUGGUCAAUGGAAGCACAGUCGAAUGCAUGGGUGUGGUGUCUAUGAAGUUAAUGAACGCAUCCUAUAUGGUAGAUUUUACUUUGGGGAGCUUUUGGAGGAGGAGCAUGGCUGUACCGUAGAUAUUUGUGCGCUGCAUUCUGGUUUGGCGGAGGUGGCCGCAGCUAAGGCUCGAAUGUUUGUAAACAAACCUGACGGAAUGAUUAGGGAAGAGAGGGGCCCAUAUGGUGAUCCUCAACAUCCAUAUUUUUAUGAAGAAGAGGAUGUUUGGAUGGCGCCAGGUUUCAUUAACCAAUUUUAUGAAGUCCCUGAGUAUUGGGAAACCUACGUAGAUGAGGUGGAUCAAGAAAGGGAAAUGUGGUUGAACUCUUUUUACAAAGCUCCUUUGAGGCUACCAAUGCCCGCUGAGCUCGAACAUUGGUGGAAAAAUGUGGAGGUGACACCGGAGUUUGUCUUACUGAACAAAGAACCUGAACCUGAUCCUGAAGAUCCUUCCAAACUUGUUCAAACGGAGGACCCUGUUAUUUUGCAUACGCCAACAGGUCGGAUAAUCAACUAUGUUGAGGAUGAAAAGCACGGCAUACGACUAUUUUGGCAACCUACUCUGGAGGAAGGAGGGGAAGAAGUGGAUCUUUCAAAAGUUGAGUUUUUGCCACUUGGUUUCGACGAGUUCUAUGGGAAAGAAGUGGCAGUGAAAAAGGAGCACCCGAUAAAAAGAUUCAUACUUGGAAUCGAGAAAUCGGUGAAGCCGAUGCUUGACGGGUUAGAGAAAUGGACAGAAGAGAAAAAGAAAGCAAAUGAAGAGAGAAAGGAGAUGAUACAGAAGGAGCUUGAGUUAGUAGAGGCUGAGAUUUGCUUAGAGGAAGCUAUAGAGGAUAUGGAUGAAGAAUUGAAGCAGAAAGAACAAGAAGAGGAAAAAAAAACUGAAAUGGGUUUGACUGAAGAGGAUGAAGAUGAUGAUUUUGUCCCGGUUCAAAAAGAAGAGAAAGUUGUCGCUGCCAAAGAGAAGAUACAAGAGAAGAAACAGGAAGAGAAAUACAAAGAUGAUGAGGAUGAUGCUGAUGGUGAAGGCGGAGAAGAUGAUGACGACGACGACGAUGAUGAUGAUGAUCUUGGGCCAUCAAGUUUUGGAUCUGCAGACAAGGGAAGAAGGAAUUCUCCUUUUUCUUCAUCCUCGUUGUCUUUUGCUUCAUGUACCCUCUUUCCCGCGGUACAAUCAAGACUAGAAAGAUCGUUUCUAGCAUGGAAGCAACAGAGAGCAGAACCAUCAAAAGUGAAACCAGGAAUCAUCAAAGGUGCAGAAAACACAGCAGCUUCAAUCCAUUUCCCUCCAUUGCCAAGAAACAAACCCGGACUGAAGAUGGUAAAGGCAUCAUCAAACCGAGGUUUUAUCCAGAGAAGCAACGGAAGCUCAAGAUCUCAGUCUCAGCUAAUGUCUCUCUCACGACAACUAUCUUGCAAUGCAUCAUCAUCAUCUUCUCCUCCUCCUCCUGUUAACAACAACAGCUCCAAUAAAGACCUGAGAGAUUCCGGAAUCUGGAAAACACCGGUUGGAGAAAUGAGUUCGGUUUUGUCGCUCCAAAUCCAUACAAAACGUUGUGAUAUGUAUGCAGAGACUCCUCCAGCCUUCUUCCAGUAGCUUUUUAGCUCAGAGUUUCUUCUCUUAUGUACCCUUUCAGACAUCUUCUUCUUUGGUUGUGGACAAAAUCAUUUGAAUAUUUUUUGUUGUU